AUGGGCUUUGAGAGGUUGGUGAAAGUUGGAUUAAAGAGACUACACUGUGAUCUCAUUGUGACCAUACUGAGAUUAUAUGACCUGCCAAUGCAUCAAAUUACAAUCAAGGGAAAAUCAGAGAAAAUAGGAGCACAAGAUGUUGAGCAGUCGCUAGGAAUCCGUCAAGGUAUAGAGGAGUUGAAAACGAAGACUACUGAGAAGAUAAAAGAAUUGGCCAGCAAGAAGAGGAAGAGUGUUAGAGGAAUUAUGUAUGGAGAAAAAGGUGGUGAAGCUGUGAUAGGGAAAGAAGAGAGGAUAAUUGUAGAGUUUUUGGACCUGGGAGAUAGUGGGAAAGAUAAAUCAAGAAGAAAGGCUCAAGUUGAGACAAUACCUACAAUUAUCAGUGGGUCUAAAGAUGAUAAGGAGGACAGGCGCAACAAUGAUGACACAACUGAGGAAAAGGAGAAGGAUGAAGUAGGUAGUGAAGAUGGAGAUAGUCAUAAGAAGGAUGACACGGAGGAUCACAGUGAGAAUAAAGAGAUGGAGGAAGAGGGUCAAGGGGAUAAUGAUGACAUGAGCGAAGGGGGCAUGGAACACAAGGGUGAUGGAGAGGGUGAUGACACAUAA